CGUCGCAGCAGUUAUGUGUGGCGUUGCUACGGCGACCAGCUAAAUUGAAGGGGUAGUAUCUGUAAUGAAAAAUGGAGGCCAAAACUGAGUCGAGUAUGGGACAGCCAACCAACCUUUUCCUCACCCUGCUCUUCCUCCUCCUCUCUCCCUGCUGGGGUCAGAGCUCACACCCAUCCUGCGAUCGCUGUGACCAGCAGCUCUCCUGUAACUGCUCCUACGGUGAAUUCACCAGCGUUCCCACAGUAACAGAGCGUGCCUUGACUCUCGAUCUCUCCUUCAACAACAUCACCAUGGUGGCCGCUGAUGACCUGACAGGCCACGCGCAACUGAGGGUGUUGAAUCUUCACGGUAACAGACUAGCUGUGAUCCAUACGUCAGCGUUUGACCCUCUCUGGAGCCUGGAGGAGCUCGAUCUGUCUGACAAUCAGCUGACUGAUCUCCACCAUGAAUGGUUCAGCAAACUAGGAGCUCUGCAGCAGCUCAACCUGCUCAACAACCCAUACAGCUGCCUGGGUUCUUCUCCAGUGUUUCAGAAGCUGAUCAGGCUGAGGAGGCUGUGGUUUGGAGGUCCCGCUCUGGAGGAGCUAAAGAGAGGAGAUCUGUCUGGAGUCACUCAGCUGGAGGAGCUCACAGUGCGAGCCAACAAUCUGAAGAGGUAUGAAGCUGGUGCUCUAGCGGACAUAUGGCCACUGGGUCAUGUCACUUUGAGCCUCCACAGUCCAUUUUUAAAAAACAUAUCCUUAGCCUCGGCUGUGCUCGGUGACUUGACGUACCCUGAGACGCCAAUCAUUCUUGAAGACCUCCAUUUGAUUGGGAACCAGUCUGUUCAGGCUUUCAGAGAGACAGCAAGGAGGAGAAUCAGGCACCUGACACUCCGUAACCUUACUGUGUCGGAUGAGGCCAUUGUUGACCUCCUGAUGGUGUUGGAUGGAGUGCCGCUCACCGUCUUGUCCGUGGACAAUGCCACACUGACUGGCGAGGGCAGGUGGGAGCGGGCAAGCUGGAGUGAUCAUAGAAGCACUGACGAGUUCUUCGUACGAAACCUCGUGGUGCUAGAUAUCUUCAAGUUUACCUCGUUUCUGCAGCUGCAGUUUCUGCUGCGCUACCCCAGGAGGGUGUCUGUUAUACACUCUCAGGCCUUUGUGAUGCCCUGUGCGACAUCCCACCUGCUGGUCAACCUGCAGUAUCUGGACAUGUCCGACAACCUGCUGACUGACAUGACUCUGGUGGAGACACUGUGUGAUGGAAAAGGGACGCUGAAGGAACUCAGAGUUUUAAACAUCAGUGGAAAUGCUCUUCAGUCUUUGUCCACGGUUAGCCGACUGGUAGCGAAGCUCUCCAAACUGACCCACCUAGACAUCAGCAGGAAUGGAUACAGCUCCAUGCCCCAGGGCUGCACCUGGCCCGCCACCCUGCGAUACCUCAACAUCUCCAGGGCUAAACUCACAACCAUCAGCCCCUGUCUACCCACAACUCUGGAGGUGUUGGAUCUGAGCAACAAUGAUCUCAAAGGCUUCCUUUUGGACCUGCCUGCCCUGAGAGAGCUCCACCUCUCUGGAAACAAGUUUCUUAGAAUACCCCCUGGAUCGCUGUUCACCAAUCUGCAAACACUGAAUAUACAGUCAAACACCUUGAAAAUGUUUGACCGUUCAGACCUGCAGUCGUACAGACGACUCCAGAGCCUCCAGAUGGGUCAGAACAAAUUUGUCUGCUCCUGCGACUUUGUCAAUUUCUUCCAGUCGGUUAUAAAAGGAGGUGGAGACAUGCAUUUAACAGAUGGAGAGGAGAACUACGUCUGCGACUCUCCUCUUUACCUGCAAGGGGAACUGGUGGGUCAAGUCAGCCUCCCCAUUUCUGAGUGCCACAUGGUUUUAUUUGUGUCUGUGACGUGUGUCAUGGCGGUGUUUGUUGCCACUCUGGUGGUUUCCCUGUUGUGGCGAGUCCAUGCAUUCUGGUACAUCAAGAUGACAUGGGCAUGGCUGAAAGCCAAGCGUAGCUCCCAGCGACGGCGACACAGAGAUGCAGGGGAUUCAGAAGCGUUGCUAUCCUUUGACGCCUUUGUGUCCUACAGUGAGAGAGACACUAGCUGGGUGGAAAACUUCUUGGUACCUGAGCUGGAGGAGCCAAGGGAAAAUGAUGAAGACUCUGGGACUAACAGAAGCCCCCGGCCUCUAUCCCUGUGCCUCCACAAGCGGGAUUUCCUUCCUGGACACUGGAUUGUGGACAACAUCAUGAACGCCAUGGAGCGCAGCCGACGGACCGUCUUCAUCCUCUCAGAGAAUUUUGUCCAGUCUGACUGGUGCCGCUACGAGCUCGACUUCUCCCACUUCUGGCUUUUCGAUGGGAAUGCUGGCAGAGAAGCGGCCAUCUUGAUCCUGUUGGAGCCGCUGUCCAAGGACAACAUCCCCAAACGCUUUUGCAAACUGCGCAAACUCAUGAGCUCCACCACCUACCUGGAGUGGCCUCAGGAAGAGGAGAAGAUUGGGGAGUUCUGGAGAAGUCUCCGCAACGCUUUGAGCGGAGAAGAGGAUGACGACUGAGAGGGAAAGAAAAAGUGAUGAAGAGAGUGAGCAGCGAAAAAAAAUCAAAAAAGAAGAUAAGAGAAGGAAAAGAGGAAAAGAAAUGGAUAAAAGGGAUAACAAGGGAUGAGAACAGAGUCAAAAGAAAGAAAAGAGAUGAGAUGAGCAGCAAGACAAAAAUUUAAAAACGUAAGUAUCGAAAACGUUAGGAGAAUGCCAACAUAAAAGAUAAGAUGAGUAGAUAAGGUGUAAAAGAAGACUCAGACAAAGAUGUAUAUUAAGCGAGGAGAUUUAAUUUCACAGACAAAUAUUGUGACUUUCAUUUACCUUUUGAAAUGACCUGUAUAUAUGUAAUAUAUUUUGUUAAAGUGGGCUGAAAGAAUCAAUUUAAUCUGCAGUAAUCAGACCACUUGGUUUCCUCAGUUUGUACAUUUAAGGGUUCAACUACAUUUUGUAGGUGACUGUUUAACAAUAAAUCAGUAAUGAAAAAAAGGCACAUUGAGAAUAUUGUUUGAAUAACCUAAUCAUUAUGUCUAUGUUUUAUACAAAUGAAUGAAACAAUGAAUUAAAGUCGGUCAGUUAUUUAAAGGAAUGCAUUUGUUUCUGCGGCAUUGGACCAAAUCUUUUCAUUCGUUUCCUCGUAGUACCUUCAUUUUCGUUGUUUGUGUUGAGUGGCAGUUGUAUACAUUUGUUCUGCGGCUCAGGAAUGUUCAUAGCUAAAGAGAACAAACACAUCCAAGGCUCCAGACUAACUUUUCAAUGUGUAGCACUGGUGGGACCAACUUUCUCAGGUGGUCGCAGAAGCACAUGUAUCUGUAUGUAUGUAUAUUGUCUGCUAUGUAGCAGAAGGGAGUUACAAAACUCA